GUUCCACCCCUUUCUGGAUCCGCCAAUGAAUACUAAUAAAAGUGUAAAUGCCCGAGGUGUUCCAAAUAAUCAUUUCGUCUGCUUUUUUAAUGCUUAAAACUGCAAUGUGGACUUCAGACGAUCAUAGAAUUACAUACCUCCAAAACUUUUUAUGUGGAUCGGUAGCAGGCGUUCUCAGUCGCACUAUAACUUCCCCACUGGACGUCCUCAAGAUCAUCUGUCAAGUGAAAGGUCCCAAGAUCGGACUUCUCUCUGUUUGUAAACAUAUUUACUCUGUAGAAGGCGGAAGAGGAUUUUUCAGAGGCAACUUCACAGCAUGUGUUAAAAUAUUUCCAUAUUCUGCUGUUCAGGUGUGGUCUUACAGAAAGUUCCGUUGGUACAUUUCAGAUGACCUCGGGCGUUUGAGUGUAUCGGGAUCUGUUUUAGCAGCCACUCUCUCGGUGUUGACUGCUACUACGUUUACUUACCCGCUGGAUUUGAUUAAAACAAGACUUGUGAUUCAACAAGGGGCAGUGUAUAAGAGCAUCGCACAUGCAGCCUCCACGAUCAUAAAAACAGAAGGUCCACGAACCCUGUAUAAUGGCUUAUGGCCUUCUCUAUGGGGCACCAUUCUUUACGCAUUUUGUACGUUUUUGACGUAUGAAGCACUAGACAGUCUUUGGUGGGACCGUAGGCUACGUCCAAUAGAACUGGUCUUACAGGGCUCAGCUGCUUCCUCUCUCGUCAUUACGGUCACUUUCCCAUUCGAUCUUAUUCGAAAGAGAAUGCAGGCAAAAAGCAGUGCUUUACCAAACAAUGGUGGAGUGGGGAUUUACUUCUCUAAUGUUCGAACUUGCAUUAUCAAUACAGUAGCAUCCUCUGGUAUUAGAGGACUCUGGCAAGGACUUCUACCUGCGAUUAUCAGGACUGGUCCCUACCAUGCAUUGAUGUUCAUUUUUUAUGACAUGUGUAAAACUGCCUGCCUGUAUAGAAAUGGCUAUAUAAGUAACAUAGACCAGAACAUUGAUCUAGAGGAGCUUCAAGAAACAGCGGAUUAUGAUGUAAACUUUGAUAUUGAAUUACAGGAUGAAUAAGCAGUGUGGAAAAUAAUGUACUUACAGGAGCUUUCACCUGUGAUACUGACAUUACUUUGUCCUCUCCCAGUAUUACCAUGUGCAACCUUGCAAUGCCAAGGGUCCUGUGUCAACACGUUGCCUUUGGCCAAGAGUCCCACAGCAAUGUGUUGACUCCAUCAGAACCCCUGGCACUGUGUGGAUAAUGCAUGUGUGAGUUCUUUUCGUUCCAGGAUUCUUUUUGGCCUGAGGUCAAAAAGACUUGUAGUAUGGUAUUCCCAGCUGUCUGGGUUGAAUAAUAUGUCAUGAUACUAAUGUCAUGAUACUAAUUAUGUCAAUGUCAGCUUCAAAAAAAUGGCACAAGCUUAACUCAGAGUAAAACGAAUUGAAGCCCUUGGAGCUACAGUAUCAUCCAAGACUUGUGGUUUUGAGGUUUAGAUUUUAAGUUGAUUACAAUUAUCAAUCAGUGAUAUCUAAAUAGUAUAGAAGUAUACCAUUCAGAACCAACUGGGAGUGAGACAGAACAUCAAUAAUAUUAAUGAAAAAAAUCUUUAAAUAGUUUUAUACUUGUAUUAUAAAGAAAUAUAAUACAUUAACAGUACAACUGUAAGAGGAAGAAUGUGGCAUUGCUAUAAAAAAUUAUGUAUCAUAUUAAGUACAAACAAUGAUCUUGAGACUUAUGAAAACAAAUUCAUUAAUCAGAAUCACAGUAGUACAAGGCUAAUAUAGAUAUUAAAAACAUCUGUAAUAUUUUACACAUACAUGUAUUAACCAUGUACUUCAUAAUUACAUCAAAAUCUUAGCUAUAUUUUGUGAAUUGCAGCAUGAACUUGCAUUUACAAAUUGAUUGAAUGAGUUUGAAAAACAUGUUAUUGUAGAUACAUGUACAUAAUAUUUUACAAGACUAUUGUUAAAAACAGUCUUAUUUUUACUAUUGUCAGAUACUGUUAUUGAACUACAUGAAACAAUAUUUCAAAUGUAGUUGAUAUCAUUCAUUUACUGUAGACGUACUUUUUUCUGUGGGGUUAUAAUUCCGCGGAAUCACCAUUUCUGUUUAAUCAGCGGAUAGAAAAUUACGCAGAUUUCUUAAACUGUCACUAUAUGCCUUACAUUAAUAUUAAGUACGCUUAGACAAAUUUCCGCGGAAAAUUUGUGACCGCGUACAUAGCGUAAAAUAAUACCAUGCAGAAAAAAGUACUUCUACAGUAUAUUGCAAGCAAAUUAAUUUUUGCAAUGGUUGAAUUGCAAUGUGUUAAUGCUCUAGAUAAUUUUUUGACAUGUAAUUGCUUUCCUCAUCCUGACUUUAAGAACAUGAAAAUUUAAACCAAUUUUUCAAAAUUCUGCAAUAAUGUGGAUAUUUCUAUAAUAAAGUGCAUUUUCAAUGAUGUAUGCAUCUUCAAUACCCAUGAGAAAAAAGGUUAUGGAUGGAGCAAAAAAAUACAAACAGCCCCUAUGGAUAUUGAGUAUAUGACCAAAUGUUUGACGAUGUUUAAAAUAUGAAGCAAAAUGUUAUGCUUAUAUGGCUUCUACAAAGAUUGUCAGAUCAGAUGAGUAUCUAAACAUGUAUUUUCUUUUCUUUAAAAAAAAAAUGACAAUAAAAACCUAGAUGUUACAAUAACAUUUCUUUCAUUAAAAAGAUGAUGUAUCCAUUCAUACAUUAAAAAAAAAACAA